GUACUCAAUGCAAAUAUUGCAAAAAAAGAAAUCUUGAUUGUGUACGAGUAGUAUGGGAAAAACGUGGUCGUAAAUCAAACGAGACCUCAUUUCAAGUAAAUGUUAGUUCUGCAAUUCAAUGCGAAAAAAGUUCUGAGCAGCCUCCACCGAAAUUCGACCAUCUUUUUUCAAACGAUAACGAAGAACAACAAUUAUAUUUGGAUUGCGAAUUUAUCGAUACCAAUGUUUAUGAUUUUAAUUCAUUACCCACUGAUUUUAAUUCAUUGCCCACUGAUAUUGAUUGGCCUCUCGUUUUCAAUUGUUACACUGAAGAGCAACUAACCUAUGAACAAAU